ACGAUAAACUCCUCUAUGUUAGAAUGUCUUUUAUUUCUAUGUUUCCACCAUACGUCGCAUCAUUUAUCGCAGGAAAGAAACGCCAUUCCGUUUGACCAACAGCGCUGGGAAGGAGGAGUCAUUCCAUACGUGAUUGAUUAUUCAUUAAAUGACCUCGCAUCCCUUAUACAGAAAGCUUUCGACCAAUAUCACACCUUAACCUGUUUAAGGUUUAAGCAGAGGACCACUGAGAAACACUACAUUCGAAUAUUUAAAGGUCAAGGACAAAGUUGCCGGAUUUCGAAACAAAAUUUAGAGCACAUAGAACUGCAGCCAUUAAAAAAAAAGGUGGGUGAAUUGAAAACCCAGUUAGCUGUCAUUCCUGGUGGACUGACAAGCCAAUUGCAGCCUUUAGAUGUGUCUGUGAAUAAAUCAUUUAAGCAAAACAUGCAUGAACAUUGGACCAAGUGGAUGACUGAGCCACAUCAUGACCUCACACCCACAGGAAGAAUGAAGCGGCCCACCAUUGCCCAUAUGUGUGAGUGGGUGAAGAAAUCUUGGGAUGACGUUAGGCCUAAAAUCAUUGUGAAGUAUUUUAAGAAGUGUGGCAUUAGCAAUGCUCUUGAUGGCACAGAAGAUAAUGUGUUAUUUGGAGUCAGUGAUUCCAGCAGUAGUGACGAAGAUGAAGAUUUUUCUGGUUUUGAAGAUGAAGAAUUUUCUGGUUAUGAAGAUGAUCAAAAUUCGUUGAUUUUCCUUAUAGAUGACAUCGCAUACCUUAUACAGAAAGCUAUGAACCAAUAUGAGACCUUCACCUGUUUAAGGUUUAAGCAGAGGACCACCGAGAUAGACUACAUUCGAAUAUUUAAAGGCCAAGGAUGUUACUCCUAUGUAGGAAAUAUCCACAGUGGAGUUCAGGACCUGUCGCUGGGAAGGGGAUGUGAAUAUGUUGGAACCAUUGUUCAUGAGUUGGGUCACGCUGUAGGUUUCUGGCAUGAACAGAACAGAUCUGACCGUGAUAAUCAUUUAAUUAUCUAUUGGAAUAAUAUCAAAUCCGGCAUGGAUUCUCAGUUUUUUAAACUCAAAUUAUCUGAGAACCGCUUAUUAACUGGCUUCGAUUACAACUCAAUUAUGUUGUAUGGGGAAAGGUCAUUCUCAAAGGACAACAUAUCGCCAACAAUGAAAGCCAGAAAUGGAAAGUUCCUGGAUGAAGUUUAUAACAAACCGGGUCUUAGUUCCAAUGACAUUAUUCGUAUUAAGAUGCUCUAUGGGUGUUAA